AUGCGCCGUGUCUAAACAGGAAGCAGUCAGACCCAUACGCGUACUUCCGCCUUCGCACGUGUGGAACAAACGAUACAAAUCAACGGCAUUUAAAAUAUUUUUCUUAGUUUUUUCCAGCUAUGAAGACUUUACAACAUCGUAACCAAGUGCGUGGCUAACGUGGACGAACGUGCGUGCAACUUCUUAAGGAGAUCGAUUAAGGCGUCUAGACUCAUCUGGUCCGCCGCUGAUUUUUCCCAUGAGCGUUGAGGCAGACUGCACACAUAAGAAGAGGGCGCGGUCGGAAGUUGCCACGCUGGACCACAUCGACACACCUCCAAUGAAGAAGAAGAAGAAAAAGAAGCGAGAAAAAGAAAAAGACAGCCCGGUUGUUGCUGAAGUGUGCACCGACAAGAAGAAGAAGAAGAAGAAACGAGAGAAAGAGGAAGAAAAAGGUAGCUUAGGGAGUGUUUGCAAGAAGAAGAAGAAGAAGGAAGAGACAGCACCACCGGUCACCAUGGCAACCAUACAGGUAGAAACAAGGAAGAUGGAGAAGAAGAAGAAGAGGAAGCGUGGGCUUGACGGCGCCACGACAACAGCAGGCCAGACCGUUGCCAUGGACGUUGUUGACACGCAGACACAGGAGGACAACGUUGUCACGGCAACGGCCAACAGCGGAGAAGGCAACAUCUGUGUGGAAAAGGCGAAGAAGAGCAAAAAGAAAAAAGCGAAGAGGCGCAGAGAAGAAGUGUGUGAGAGCGAUAACGACGACGACGACGACGACCGGCCCAACGGUGACUUGCUGACGGAAUUAGAGGAGUUUAUUCCGAAUGUGAGGAAGCGCACCGAGCAGGAGAUCAGGAAGAUGCUGAAACACGACCUGCACCGCUUCCGAGUCUUCAGGAAACAAGGUGUGGCUGUACGCCAGGGCCGCUUCACGCGUCAUGAGGUUCAACAAAUCCAAGACAACAUCGAAGACUUCCUGGCCUUGACGGGCAUCGAAUCCGCCAAUCAGCUUUACUUCCCUCAGAACUACGGCGACCUGAAGAUGGGUAUCAGAAGGUUGCGAGUAAACCAUAACUUCCUGGAGGCCAUAGCAAAUGGCAUCCCGAGGACGUGUUGGGAGGUUUUUGUGAAGGCUAAAAAGCUUGACAAGAUGAACCACAUGGGAAGGUUCUCCAAGGAGGAACUUGAUCAGCUGGUCACGUUGCAGAAGUUCUAUGGUAACAAUUGGAGAAAGAUCUCCAAGCUGAUGGACCGCAGCAUUUACGCUUUACAGAAACGCUCUGUAACCAUGUCGUCCAAUCUAGGUCCCUGGACUCCCGACGAAGUGUCCAAGUUGAAAAAGGCUGUCAAAGCUUACCUUGCGGUUGUGGUCCAGAAGAAUCCAGCGGGUUCUGGUCUGACUCGAGAACAGCUGUGUAAUAAAUUGCCGUGGAGGAAGAUCAGCCUGGAGGUCCAGACCAGAGACUGGCUCAAGUGCCGCAGGAAAUGGUUCAGCAUCCUGAACCUCAGACUCUCAAAAACCUACUUUGGUGGAGGAACUGAAGGAGUGAAGGCCAAAAUCCACCUGAUUGAUACGUUGUACAACAUGGAGGUGGACGACUGUGCCGACGUGGACUGGGACAAGGUGGCGGAGGUUGUGGGCAUGACUCCACGCGGAGUCCAGGAAAUCUUCCAAAGGCUGAAAGUUUCCAGAGUUCCCAACUGGUUCCGCCUGUCCUACGGAGAAAUCAUCGACUUCCUGCAUCAGCACGAGAGGCCACGCCUCCAGGAGACACUGCAGAAGCUGGGGGCGGAGCAGGAAGUGCACGGACGCGACUUUGACCCGCUGCUCGCCGCCUUCUCGCUGGAAGAGGAAGACUUUACUCAAGUGGACAACAGUCAGCGCCAUGGCAACCAAUCACAGCCCUUCAACUUUUGAACAGGAAGCGGUGUCAUAAUGAGGCUUUUAUUGUGACGAGCCAUCAACUUGUGCAGUUUGAUGAGGAACCUGGCCUCCAACUUCAUCUGACAGUGUAAUGGCUGCCAUCUUGCAGACGUGCUGAGUCAUUCAGGUUAAUGACCAUGUAUUGCACUUUGAAGUACACACUUGAGCUGCUUGGUCAUUCUCAUUGGUUCAAAAGACUUUAGGAUGGUCAAUGACGUAAACAAGGUCAGAGUCCAACUUUCACAUACUCAAAAUAUCUCAUUAUAAUAAUACAUCCAUUUUAUGUAUAAAUGUGUACAAACGUAUGUAUGUGUCAGUGACGGCAGGCAGGUGAGGCAGGGGAGGCCCCGCCUCACCUGCCAUCAUGGGAAGAAAAAAAAGUAAUUCAAUUGUUGUAUGUAUCCAGUGAUUAUACUAUAAAGUUAUUUUCCAUUUAACUUCACCAGUUUUACAUUAUUUUUAUUCAAAAUCGCUGAAUUUCCACAUUUGCCGUUCAAAUAGUGAGAAGAGACUUGCGGUGAGUCACCAGCCAGUUGUGCCUCACCAUGGAUUGCGCAAUGACUCGGCUAACUGCUGGCCUGCUGUGCAGUGAGACCGUAUUGCUAUAUGAAUUAUAUUAUACAUUUAGUGAGCUGAGGUAUGUAAUGUACAGUGUAUUUUGUCAACAACUGUAUGUGUGUAGACUUGUCCAGGGUGUACCCCGCCUUCCGCCCAAUUGCAGCUGAGAUAGGCUCCAGCGACCCCGAAGGGAAUAAGCGGUAGAGAAUGGAUGGAUGGAUGUUUGUAACGUAUUUCUUGUGCUGAGCAAUCAUAAUAAAGUAGCAAUGAUUGUCACUGUUGCGUCGACCAGCGUUCCUCCAAUGGGGAAUGCAAAUUGCUAGUCUCUCCCAGAUUCUUUUUAUGGCAAUAAGCUGAUGUUUAUAUUCAAUCAACAGGCAGCAGUUGGUAUUUUGUGGUUUAUUCUCCAAGCUUAGAGGACAAACGUGAGACCAAUCCAGCACACCAGCGUUCCCCAGCCCGGUCCAGAUCGGUCUAGCUCGGUCUCCCCUCCAACCCCCGGAAGUCCCGUGAUCUUCCCUCUGUCCCUCGCCCCCACUCCCUUUGUUUAGACUACUCCGAGUUAUCUCUACUCUGACACAUUCCAAUCUAGAAGGCCGACACCUUACUAUGAGACUCAAAAGAAGGAAGAAUACUAGCUAUUCUUUAUAUGACUAUAGGAGUUUAGAAAGAAGUAACACUUAAAUAUGGAUAUGAUUCUGAUCUGCUUCCAACAUCACACACACACUAGGUGUAAUGAAAUGUGUCCUCUGCAUUUGACCCAUCACCCUUGAUCACCCCCUGGGAGGUGAGGGGAGCAGUGGGCAGCAGCGGUGGCCGUGCCCGGGAAUCAUUUUUGGUGAUUUAACCCCCAAUUCCAAGCCUUGAUGCUGAGUGCCAAGCAGGGAAGAAUGCUGGUAUGAGCUUUUAAACAUAACCCGCUAACUGCUGCCAAUCACAUGGUGAAUAAGAUACUCUUUAGGGUUCAUAUGUUUGUAAAUCUGACUGGAAUGAAGUCAGUGCCUCACCUGCCAUGAACCUCACCGCACGUCACUGGUAUGCGUGAAUAUACGUGUA